AAAAUUCCAAAACCCAGAGCAACUUCACAAGUCCAAACCCUAGCCCCAAAAUCCAAAUUCAACUCAUUCGAUUUUCCUCUCAAGAAGAAGAUUUAAUGGCGGAUAAAGCGAUUUCUCUGGACAGUAUCAAGGCUUUUUGGAACUCCCAGAUUCACGAUCCUGCUAAGUGGGAUCACAACGUGAAAUUACUCCGUGCAGUAGGUAUUUUCGCUGGAUCUAUUGUGUUGAUGCGCCAGUAUGGUGAUAUGAUGGGUAUUUGAGAGAUCAGGCAAGGAGUUUGAGCUUCUUGUUAGUAGGAUGGAGUAGUUGGGCGCAUGUUUGCUUUAUCUUCACCGUACCCCUCUGUUUACGAUCUUUGAAUGGAUCGCCUUUUAGACUAGCAAAUGCAUGGAAGAAGUGCUUCACUUGUAAAAGUUUGAUUCGUCUACUGGGGUUUUAUGUGACAUUGUAGUAUUUUCCUUGCAUUUACGUCCUCUCCUCCAUCCAAAGAGAAUGAGCAAAAAACAAAUUUUCUACUA